ACUAAAUGUUGUAAUACAUUAAUUGAUCAUGUAAUAGAUUAAAGGAACAUUGUUUCCUACUUUGGUUCAGGUAUAAAUGUCAUUAGAAGUGGUGCUGGAGUAUUCAAUUGGAUCUGCAACUCACAAUGAAAGGAAUAAUUGCAUUAUUGGUCAUCGUGUACGCGGCCGUGGGGCGGGCCCAAUUAGAAGAAUGCCCGAAAGAACAGGACACACACGUUGCAUGGUUGCUCAAACACGACGAUUGCGAAAAAUUCUAUUUAUGUAGUAUGGGCAAACCCGUUGAGAUGAGUUGCCCGUCAAACCUGUUGUUUAACCUAGACACAUGGCGCUGUGACUGGCCAGAAAAUGUAGAUUGUGAGGGCCGUAAUAUUCCUGAGGGGAGUAACUCCACAACCACGACCACCACCACCACCACCACCACCACCACCUCCGUACCUCCAAUUGAAAUACCUGACGAGUUCUUGCCCAAUGGAUGCCCUCUGAACCCUCGUAUCCACUGGCUGCUGCCUCACGAAACUGACUGUAACGCCUUCUACUACUGCGUCUGGGGAGAACUGAUAAUGAGGAACUGUCCACCUACUUUACAUUUCAACAGAAAGCUUCAGGUUUGCGACUGGCCUUGGGCUGCCGGAUGCCCAGCUACAUUCAACAAAAAUUUGACAUCCAGACUAUCACUGAGGUAAUUUAACCUGAAGACCACAAUAACUAAAACGAAUUUAAACGAGGCAAUAUGAAAUUAUACUUUAUUUUUUUUGCAUAUUUUAUAAUCUACAGCAUUUUUUAUGAAUAAAAUCUAAGCAAGCUUUAACUAAA